AUGUCUGAUGAUCUUUUAAAUAAAGAGGCUGAUGUAAAAACUACCUUACUGCUUGCAAAUCGCAGGCAAGAGGCAUUAUGGUUAGAAAAGCCGAAGUUGAGAUGGGUGAAAAAUGGGGACUGCAAUUCAAAGCUUUUCCACCUUACUGUGAAGUUGAGGUGGGCUAGAAAUCAAAUUUCUACUUUAAAAAGGGAGUAUGGGUCUUGGGCAGUGGAUCAAAGGGGAAUAACUGAGUAUAUUGCCUCUUAUUUUGAGAAAUUCCAUGAGCCAUCUAGUAUCACAGUGCAUCAUGAGCUUUUGGAUUGCAUUCCCAGUGUUUUGUCAAAUGAAGAGGUGGCUUGUCUAGAAGUUGUUCCUGGAAGUGCUAGGAGAUUGUGGAGAGGGGUUUCUGUAAGGCGUUGUUUAUUUCUUUUUGAUGCGCUUAUGUCUUUUCUGUCGAGACUUGUCUCUGAGGAGCGGGGUGCAUUCCAGAAGGGUAAGAUCAUAUCUGCUAACAUAAGUUUGGCCUCUGAAUUGGCAGACUUAAUGCACUCGACUGUGAGGGGUGGUGGUAUGGGUUUGAAAUUAGACGUCCAGAAGGCUUAUGAUUCCUUGUCAUGGAAUUUUCUUUUUGCCACUUUGGAGAAGUUUGGGUUUUCAGCCAAAUGGAUUUCUUGGAUUCAGCUUCUGUUAAACUCUUCCAGGUUAUCUGUGUUAGUGAAUGGAGGUCCAGUGGGCUUUUUUCUAGUUAGCAGAGGUCUGAGACAAGGGGAUCCUACUUCGCCCAUUCUAUUCAUUUUGGCAGAGGAGGUUCUUUGCAAAGGCUGA